UGUAAGUUAGGCGUGAUGAGAUGAACCUCCGAAAAUGAUUUAACUGCUCAUGGAAAUAUACAUCAUUCAUUAUAUUGCGUGGCAAUGAACCAACGGAUGUACGUUACCAUGACACUGUCUACAGGCAGCAUACAGCAUUCUGAUGAACAUUAUAGCAUGCCGUAUCUAAACAAACAAUUACCCCUAAACACACUCCCGCUAUUUUAAUGGAAAUAUCAAAAUGAUGUGGCAGCCAUCUUAAAUUCAACGGAGGAGAUUACUACAGAAGAGUAGCUCCAGACAGGAAAUCAGAUCUAUUUGAUACAGUUCUAUAAUGUACUGCUAGUUCAACGACAAACGUAAACACACCGUAACGUCAGCUAGAAACUGGGAAACUACCUAUGCUAGCUAGCUACGAAGCUGAAGUAUCUUAGAAACUUUGCACAUGUGCUGUUGCUGUCCUUUGAACUAUGAUCAGCACUUACCGCCGAUUCAAUGGCACAGAAAUAUUGCAGCUAACUAUUAAUGUAGUUUUAUAGGUGUCAUUAGCGACGAGGAAAUGUUGCUAGGUUUGGUUAGUUAGCUAGCAGCUAGCUAAGGCAAAGCGUUGCCCACACAGUUAUCUAGCAGAUAACGAAUUGUAACGUUACUCUACUUAACAAAGCUUGGGAAAACUUGUGUAAAAAGUGUCACCCAGUAGAUGGAGACUUCUUUGGGAUCUCUGCAAAACCUAGACUUAAGCUCGGUCCUAUCGUCAUGUGAGCCAGAACUUCAAGAGCUUAUGCGACAGAUUGAUAUUAUGAUCAGUCGUCAUAAGAGUGAGUGGGAAGCUGAGAUCCAGGCUCUGGAGCUUCGUCUGAAACAUGGUGAAGAAGAACUUGUGUCAUCUAGGAACCAAAUUGAGCAGAGGGACUUGGAGAUUGGAUUGCUCAGCAAGCAGCUAGAGGACACCCAGACUGCUAGACAAGAGUUAAUUUCCAAGUAUGAAGAACAACUUCAGAAUGUCCGUGAUGAGUUAACUAAAUUGAAGAAGAGCUAUCAGAAGCUUCAGCGGAAACAGCUCAAGGUGGCCAAUGGAGGAACAAAUGACAAAGAGAGAGACGAUUCAGAGGUGACACGCCUCACUAAUACGAUUCGGGAAUAUCACCAGCGUUCCAGUGCAUGGGAACAACAGAGAACCCAGUAUCAAAAACAGCUGGUGACACUGGAGGCCCAGAGGAAGAGUCUAGCUGAUCAGCUUGCACACAUGAAAGAGUCAUCCUGGCAGAAGGAGAGGGAGGACAGCAACUGUUACUCAGAGGUGCAGCAUCUCCGGAUCCAGUUAGAAAAGGCUCAGGGCACCUUGCACUCACAAGAGCUGGAGCUGGAGCGCCUCCGACACCUUCAGGUGCUUGCAGAGGAACGGGAGGAGCUCCACGCUACCCUGGAAUCCCAGGAUGCUUUCUUACAAAGAACUGGCCUUCAGCGCCAAAGGCUUUGUAAUGAAGUUGAGAGACUUUGCCAAGUACUGCAAGCCAAAGAUCAAGUCAUUCGUUCUCUGGAGGAUUGUCUGGCAGUGCAGGGCUUCGCUGGUGUGGGAAGCCUCGCACAAGAUCUGGAGAGGACUGCAACCAAGCUGCACUCUGCCCAGGCCUUGGAGGUUCAUCUCAAUACUGAACUAGCACAACUCAAAGAGAGACUAGAGAAAGUGAGCAGACAGAAAGGCAACCACUCAAAGACAGAGCAAGAUCUGAAGAAUAUUAAAGAGGAACGUGAUCGCUCUGUUGCUGAAGUGAAAAGGCUCCAGGAAGAACUGCAUAGGGCCAAGCAGACCCGUACUGGCGAGGUGGAGGGAAUGAGAAAGGAGGUCUCAAAGUUGACCAGUGAGCUGCACCAGCGUGACGUCACCAUUGCCAAGCUGAGCAGCUCAGUGUCCAGCACUGAGCGGCAGCUUUGUGGUGAAGUGGAGCAGGCAGAGCGUAAGGCAGCUGAACUGAAGGUCACUCAGGUGCAGCUGGAGACUCUGAAGAUUGAGAACCAACAUCUAAAUGAUCUACUACAGAGACUGGAGUCUCAGUCACCCAAGAGAGGGGAGUCCGUGCUUGCAUCCCUGAGGGAGAGUUAUGUGUCAUCUCUGAGCAGCCUUGAGCAGGAGAAUAGGCAACUAAGGCAGGAUCUAGUCGAGAUGUAUACCCGGCUUGAGGCAAACACCCAGACUUGUAAUGGAGAUACUAGAGAUCACAAACACGGGGAAGAGGUGCAGGCCAUCAAAGCUAAAAUGCAGGGGAACACCACUCGCUCCGAGGGGGAGAUCCAUAGGCUCCUUAAACAGCUGGGGAGGCUCUCCAAUUCCCCUGGACAGCAGCACUGCAGCCAGGCCAAAGACAGCAGCUCUAAUUCUCCAGCCUCGUCAUCCUCGUCCUCAUGCUCCUCAAGCAGUAGGAGUCGACUGCCUAGGACAAACUCGGUGCCUACCGACAUUCCUAGUGACUCUGUAGCUGAGGGCCAAAGCUCCAGCUCUGAAGAAGCUUUGAACCUUCUGGCCAGAGAAGACAUCGUGCCAAAGGAGCUCAGAACAGCCUCACCUGCAAAUGACAUGGUCUCUCAUUUCUUGGAGGAGGAAGGUUUGCACUCUAAGGAGCUUCUACGAAGACUGGACACCCACAUCCAGGGUAUGAGAGAGGACAACAUCAAAACAGUGCUCAAGUACCUACCGAGUGACUCAGGGCCUGGCUCUGACCAGGCUUCUCCUGUACAGAAAGCUCAGUGACCGAUAGCAUGAGAUAUAUAUGAAAAAAGUGCCUUCAACUGCACUCUAACUGGAGCCUUUUUUGUUUUAGUGUGCUCAGCUACACAUUUGAAAUCAAUAUACCAGCCAAGGGACCUCUGAGUUCACCCAGACAUUUCUUAGUGUAGGCCAAGUCAUAUGAGGUUAUGCUUAUGAAGGAUUGUAUAGUUUUGUAGUUUUGAGCUGAUUUGGUCAGAUUGCUGCUGCCAGUGAUUUUCUCUUCUCCUGUUUUAUAAAUAUUGAAAUUAUCUGUAGGCAGAAGAUGAAAUAUGAUUUUUCUCCUUUUGGGGGUUUGCAAAAGAGGUCAGUUAACUUGUCGCAUAGCUAUUGAUAUGCUAAUUGUUCUUCUGCCACAAUCAGAUGUCCAUAAUGCCUAUCUAAUAUCUGUCCAAUGUUUUUGCCUGUUGCUUCAGAGAACCCUAACUAUAAGUAAAGUGUGUUUCCAUUACUGGCCGUGCAAAAGAUGAGGUAAUUGUGGGCUUAAGUUCCCAAGGAUGAAGAUCUUAUUUUAAUACAAGCUUUGCGUUAAAGCAGAUCUGCACCAGAGAGAAAAAACUUUAGUGAACCAAAGGUGUGAUCACCUGUCUGUGACCGGGAGAAUCCCACAUAUGUCCAUGUCUAUCCAAAGAUAACAGCGGGCAGGGAUGGACAGAAGUUCAGCUUAUAGCUCUCCUCAUUUUCCCAGCCACCCACCUCCCCACCUUCCUGCUUCCCUAACAAAGUUUCAAUGGAGGAAUGUGAGCACCAUGCCAAUGCCGUCAUGAACCUUCCCCUGCGGCCUGCCUCUUGUUCAUCAUGAGAAAACUUAUGGAAUGUUAAUAUCAACCAUGUGGGACACUGAACUUCAGAAAUGCUGAAAGGCCAGGGGGAAAUACUUGUAUUUUAUUGAUUUCUUAAUGCAGGACACACUGGUAGAAUAAUUGUAUGGAAUAAAGGAUAAAAAGUGCCAUUUCUC